AUGGGACCUGCUAGUGUAGAUCUGGGGGGCAAGGCGGGCUCGCUGCCCCCUGCAUCGCAGCCAGACGAGUAUGGCUUGCUGUUCAAAGUGCAGGCCCUGCCUUGUCCAAAGGAUGGUGGCAUGCGCCGGCGCGGAGCGCCGUAUCGGCGUUUUGCCACAUGCGCGUUGACUCCGGGCGGCGGGUCGCUGGCGCUAGCUACCGGGGACGGCCGCGUAUUUGUGCUGCAGCUCGAGCCCCACCGGCGGCGCUUCACGCAGCUCGAACCCCUCGCUGGCCCCGGCGCGGCGGCCGCGUGGAUGGCGCGCGACCGGCGCCUGCUGUUUGUCGCGCAACAUACCGGCGGCGUCCGCUGCUAUGACCUCGCCAGCCGCGCGUGCGCGACGCUCGCUGGCAACCGCGCGCGCGUGCGGUCGCUGACCGUGCGGUGCGGCGGGGAGCAGCUCGCGGCCGCGUCGGCGGACGGCAUCGUUCUGUGGGACCUCCGGACGCUGCAGCGGCGGCGCCUGCUCAGCGCGGCGCCAUACGGCACGCUGCAGGCGUCCUACUCUCCAGAUGAACAGACGCUGGUGGUUGCCGCAGCCGACGGAACGUUCACCCUUUGGUCAGCCAAGUCGCUGCGGCCGCUCGGCAGCUUCUCCCUGCCGCGGCGCUUGGAGGGCGGCGGCGGCGCCGACGCAACCCGUGCCGGCGCCCACAACAGCAACGGCUGCGACGGAGCAGCGGGGGUGUACCCCAGCUGCUUCUGCGUCACGCAAGACAGCAGAACCGUCGUGGUGGGGACGACGGCGCCCGCCCUGCUGCUCGUGUAUGACGCGGCCACCCAGCGCCUGCGCCACGGCGUCGCGCUCCCUCUUGCGCGGCGCGGCAUCGCCGCGCUGCACACGCUGCCGGACGCACGGACGGCGGUCGUGCUGUGCUCGGACGGCGGCGUGUGCGUCGUGGAUGUCGAGGCGGGCCGGCUGGAGGGCGAUGUGAGCCUCGGGCCGUCCGACAAAGCCCGCAGCGGCGGCGCGCGGGCAAGCAGCACUGGCGGCGGCGGCGGCAGCGGCGGCGGCGGCGGCUCGGGAGCGUCGGUGAGGGCCGAGGCCAUCUGUGUGGAUGAGCGUGGAAACACCCUGGUUGUGCUGACUGACGAUGGCGCUGCGCGUGUGUAUGACCUGGCGGUGGCUCGCGCAUCCAUGGCGGCGGCCCGCCGCCGCACCCGCACCUGCGUCAGCAGCGGUGGCAGCGUGCAGCAGCAAGAAGGGGCGGCCGACUCAAUGAGGGGAGGGUCGGAGCAGCAGCAGCAGCAGCAGCAGCAGCAGGCGCGCCUCGUCAGCGCGGGCGAGCUGGCGGCGCUGCCGCCGGAGCUUCUGGAGGGAAGCUUCCCAGUGCCUGUGCAGCUUGGGGCGGCGGCCGCGGCGGUCGCCAAGGCAGCGGCGCGUGACAGCAGCGGGGGCGGGGGCGGCGGCAGCAGCGGCGGCGGCGGCGGUGCUGGCACGCUGCACACAUAUGCGGGCCCUGUGCUGACCGAAAUUGGGAACACUAAGACCCUAGACGCGAAUGCAAGCGACGGCCGCAAGCGCGGCGGCCCCCACGGCAGCAGCAGCAGCAGCCAUGGCGGUGCACUGGAGGCCGGCGCGGCGACGGCGGCAGCGGCGGCGGCAGCGGCGGUUGCGCUGCGAGCACGGCCGCUCGCACCGAACGUGGCGGCGGUCAGCAGGCGGCGGCUCGAAGAGAUGCUGGUGACGUUUGGGGAGUUUCCUUCGCGCUACCGCCUUUUGAUCUGGGAGCACUUGCUGCAGCUGCCUCGCAACACCUCGGCGUUUAGAGCCCUGGAAGACCGAGGCACUCACCCGGCCUUUGCGGAUCUCGCCAAGCGCCUCGAGCAGCGCCGGCGGCGCGCAUCCCCGCAGGGUGCUGGGGCGGCGCCCGGCGCGGCGGGCGGCUGCGGGCCGGCGCUGGCGCGGCGGCUGCAGAGGACGCUGUCGCAGCUGGCGCACUGGUGCCCCCUGUUCGGUGAGGGGAUGGAUGGGGAGCGCUACGGCGGCUCGCCGGCUGGCGGGGGCUGGUGCGCAGCUGCGGCAGGGGCAGCAGCAGGCGGGGCGGCGCCAGGGGUACGGUAUCAGCAGCGGCAGGAGCAGGACCUAUUUGAUGCAAACGCGCACGGCGCGUUUGAGGCGGUCGCGACUGUGCUCCUUUACUGGGCCAGCGGCUGGUUCGAGUCGUUUCCUUCGCCGCCUGUCAACCUGCUGCGGCGCUGCAUGCUGCUGCUGCGCCACCAUGACCCAGAUUUGGGCGCCCACCUCAUGCGCCCAGACCUGCAGGUGGCCGUGCUGCGCCUGCUGUGGCACCAGCUGUCGGGGCUGCUGUCAGACCUGUUUGUGGACAGAAAGGACUGGCUGGCGGCCUGGGACCACUGCCUGGCAUGGGGACCCCAGUUCAUGUACCAUUUGCUGGCGGCCUACCUGAUACAUUUCAGGUCCCUGGUGACGGCGGCUGAUGACGAGGUGGCGCUGGAGCGGUUCUUCUCAAACCCCAAAGCCGUGGACAUCCACAAGCUGCUGCGCCGUGCGCUGCGGCUGCAGCAGGCGACGCACGAGCACAUCCAGGUGGCGCCGCCCGGCGCGCGCGCGCUGCCGCAGGGGGUGCCGGCUUACCCCGAGUUCACAGAGUACCCGGUCACGUCCGUGCAGCUGCAGGCGGCGGAGCGCCGGCGCAUCCAGGAGGCGGAGGCUGCAUUAGUCAGGCGCAGGGAGGUUGUGAUGCAGCUGGAGCAGCGCACCAAGCAGGUGGCCUUCGAGGCCGAGGCGCUGACUGUGCAGAGGCAGCAGCUCUCGGCCCUCGAGGCGCAGCGGCGCGCGGCGGCGCGCGCUGCAGAAGACGCCUUGGCGGGCGAGCUGGCGCGGCUGGACGACAGGGCGAAGGAGCAGAAGCUGCUGCAGGUGGAAGCUGCCGAGCGCGCUUACGAGGCGAGCCUGACGGGCAUGCGCGACCAAUGGCGGUCCGAGCUGGCGGCGCUGCGGGACGACCUCGCCCACAGGCGGCGCCUCGCCGCGCACGCGCUCAAGUCGCGGCAGGAGGAAGAGGACCUGAAG